GCAAUGUUCACAAGCUGGCGACGUCAUCUGACAUCGAGGCUGUGCCACCUCGACGGCCCAAGAUGAACACGGCAAGGGCGCAUUAUCCAGUCAAGUGUCUCGCCUCGAGCUCGUACGAGUGCCAAGACGGUGACCCUGCAGAGAGCAAGCUUUUCCAUCAGCUGAAGCAACGACUCAAAAAGUACCGAUAUAGCACACUGUUUUCCGGAAAGAUGCUUAUCCACGAUGCUCCUCCUUAUUCUUCCAUAGCAUUGCGCCGCAGACAAUCUCGCUCAAUUGCUCCCUGCGUCAUCUGGCUCGACCUCUAUACUCAAAGUGCACCACAUCUUUCAAAGAAGGCAGACCGCCAUGGCGCCAGCUCAAAUUCGUCGUAUCUGGACCAGCCUCCAUGCUACGGCUAGCGUGUCAUUGCUUGCGGCCGGAGUGGCUCUGGCACAGUCCUCGAAUAACACGACAGACUUGCCAGAUAACGUGUAUCCGUCUUGGAACGCCAAUCCAAACGCAACGGCCAUUCUUCCGAUAGCUGGUUUCCGUCUCGACACCCCGUAUCCAGGCACGGCUCUCGAGGCGUCAACCGCGAACCCGGAGAGCUCAUGGCGCAUCCAAAUAAACAUCACCGAGCAGCAGUACAGUUCGUACUUUGACGCUCCGAGCACGGCGAUCACAACAUACCUCAUCCCUCCCGCGGGAUCAGGGGCAGGAUCCCUGUUCGAUCCUGAGACCGGAGCGUGGGACGUGGACGAGGAUGUCGCUAGCACGUGGCGGGUCACCGUGGUCAGCCUUGACAGCGACAAGCUUCCCGCGGGCGCGGGUAACAAUGCUGACGGGUCCUGCGCGGGCAUCAUCUCGGAUGACUGCAUGCGGGACAUGAGGGCCACCAUCGUCAAUGACCUAUUUGUGCUCACCGGCGAAGGAUAUCCCAGGGGUUUGACCUCCGUUAGCAGCUGUCCCUUUGGAACUGCAAGCUCUGGAGUUCUCUCCCUGAACGCAAACUUCUCCCGCACCGCCAGCUCCCUGUGGGAGGGCAAGACCAAGACCGACAAGUACGACAGCGCGUAUAAUUACUUUGGCAGUCGCCCUCGUGUUGAGGUGUACAUCUGGGGCCACAGCAACACCACGGCUGUGGGGCAGCCGUUGAGGGACGAUCAUGUCAUAUUCGUCUGCACCAGGGCCGACCAAGCGGUCGGGGGUAGCAGCCUGCCUUCGGCUGCGAGGGCGAGAUUCGAUGUGGGAGCUAGGGGCACGUGGUGGGCUAUUGGUGCUGCUCUCAUGGCGGUUGUCUUGAGCAGCUGAUUCUGGUAACGUGAGGUUUGAUGAAUGAUAUGACUUGAAUCCCAACAGCAGUUGAUGCGGU